UUUUCAGAACAAGUCAAGGAAUUGUGUAGCUGAGAAGAAACUGCCCAGAGGAAAAUGGCAGCAGGAAAUCACUCCACAGUGACUGAGUUCCUCCUCACUGGGCUAACAGAAAAGCAAGAGCUCCAGUUGCCUCUCUUUCUUUUCUUCCUAGGAGUCUAUGUGGUCACAGUGGUGGGGAAUCUGGGCAUGAUCACACUGAUUGGGCUCAGUUCUCACCUGCACACCCCCAUGUACUAUUUCCUCAGCAGUUUGUCCUUCACUGAUCUCUGCUGUUCCACUGUCAUUACCCCCAAAAUGCUGGUGAACUUUGUGACAGAAAAGAAUAGCAUCUCCUACCUUGAAUGCAUGACUCAGCUCUACCUAUUUGCAUUUUUUAUUAUAUCAGAAGGCUCUAUGUUGGCUGUGAUGGCAUAUGAUCGCUAUGUUGCCAUCUGUAGUCUAUUGCUUUACACUGUCACUAUGUCUUAUCAGGUCUGCUCCUGGCUGGUAGUUGAGGUAUAUAUGAUGGGUUUGAUUGGGGUAAUUUUGUGCUUCAGUACAUUUAAUAUUCUUGCAUCAAUCUUGACCAUCCUUGCCUCCUAUGUCUCCAUCAUUGCCAGCAUUCUGCUCAUCCGCUCCACUGUGGGCAGGUCCAAAGCCUUCAGCACAUGCAGCUCCCAUAUCACAGCUGUUACAAUCUUCUAUGGUUCUGCAGCAUUCAUGUACCUGCAGCCAUCAAGUGUUUGCUCCCUGAACCAAGGCAAAGUUUUAUACCAUUAUUUUUAUUUUAUAUUUUAUUUUAUGUUUUAUUAUUAUAUUUUAUACCAUUAUUGUGCCAAUGCUGAAUUUGCUGAUCUACAGCCUGAGGAAUAAGGAUGUCAAAGUUGCUCUAAAUAAAAUCAUUGAGAAAAGA